UUCAUCGUCAGUGGGGUAUGCAUUAAGGACAGUGGAGCUGAAACCAAUCACUUUACCUGCAGCGUAAGGUGGAUGCUGUCCUCAGUGAUGUACGAGCCUUCAACCUGCCAAACUUGAUGUGAAACCACCGUUGUUCUUUGUUCUACUGAACUUGUUUUCCUGUGCAUCUGAUCUCUUCAGACUUGUCUGUUUCCACACGCAAUCAGCAGCAAAAUGAUGUCAGCCAGCAUGAUGUCUCCAAUAGGUUUAGUCUUUGUGAUGCUUCUCUAUACAGCUGAGGGGGUUUUCACAAUCCAUCCAAGAAAUCAGACAGUAUAUGAGGGGGACAAUGUCACAUUAACUUGCGGAUCUGAAUACAUGACUCAAUGUAAUUAUCAAAGAUUCUAUUGGUGUAGAUCUACCACUAGUCACCCAGCACAGCAAUAUGUUUCUGGUUGUAUCCAGGUCGUUCCUAGUUUAAGGAAUCGUAUGACUGUUGAGCUUGAUGUACUAACCAGGGUGUUUCACCUCAACAUCCAAAACGUGCAGCUACAGGACGGCGGACAAUACUGGUGUCAAUUAUUCUAUGCUCAGAACAGCCACUUAAAUAAAAACUCUUCAAAAGCCACACUGACAGUAAUCCCACGACCUCCUCCUUCUUGCAUGGUAACAAGUCCGUCAAACCCAAGAGUGGGUGACAAUGUUUCAUUUACAUGCACCUUGGCAGGGAGUGACCCAUCAGCUGCUAUAACUUGGCACAUUAAUUCAUCAAGUGGCCAUCGUCCACUCACUUCUAUCCAGGAAGUCCGAGAAGGUCGCGUUUCAAGAGUAAAUCGAGUACUGCAAGCAACCGACAACAUGAAAGAGUUUGUCUGCGUGGCUGGUCUAGAUUUUAACACUGGCCCAAGAUGCUCAGUUACACCUCUGCAGAUACCGACAAGGGUUUCCAUCUCACCAACUUUUCAGUCUGUAUAUGAGGGAGACAGUGCAGUGUUCACGUGUAAUGUCAGAGCCAUACCCCCUCUGACAGACGAAGAGUACAGAUGGCGAAUUUAUAAAACUGAUGAAUCAGAGGUGACAGUUACAGGAGCUACACUGACUAGUUUUGAUGGCCGAUAUAACAUGAUGGGGAAUACUCUGGAGAUCCUUGCAGUGUCUGCCGACUUUCAUAACUCUUAUAUAACUUGUACAGCCAUUUAUCCUCAAGAUUCGUCCAUCAGCAUCAACAGAUCUCUCCUUACAGUUCUCAGUGUUACAACUGUGCUGUCCGCUACAUCAUCUACAGCCACGGCAACAGUACAGGAGUCCAAGGAUCCAAGUGUCCUCCAAACGGAAGAAACUCACUUUGGGGUGAAAACUCCCGACCACUAUUCCACCAGUGUCAGGACCACAAUUACUAAUGAACUCAAGGAGGAGGAUGAUACUUGUUUAUGUCAGAUAAUACCAAUUGGAGUGCUAAUCGGGGGCGUGUUAGCACUUCUUCUACUUCUGGUUGUCAUCAUCCUUCUUGCCAGCUUCUUGCUCAGAUACAAGAGGAAAGUCAGGAGACUUCGUCAGACACUGGCAGGGAAUCCUGUUCAGAUAUCAGCCAUUGGUUCAUCAGAAGGGAUGGACUUGACAUACCAGAGCCUUCAAAAAGACGUCGGAAAUCAGGGAGCAACUGAACUAACGUACAUGGAUUUGAACCUUCAACAAGGCGAGGGAAACCAAGUCAGACCACAGGCGGAGUCUGAAGUAAGCUACAAAAACCUCCCAAGAAAUGACCCGAGUUAUCCAGACUCGUCAGCAUGUAGAGAAAGACCAGAGGACAUGGCAGAAAAUGAGACAGGCCUAUAUGAGAACAUUUCUGAGUAGACUAGAUACGGAGAGGAAGACUUUGAUCCAUGAAGUCUCACCCCACGAUGUUUGGACCAAGCACAGUGGUGAUCACAUCUGACACGCAUGCACAAAAGUUAGACAUGCGUGCAGUGUGGCACUAAAGACAGGGACGUGUAGUUGCCCACAUUUGCAGAGGGCAAUAGAUUUGAUGUCAUCAAAAGCCAACAGUGCCCAUGCCAUCCAAAAGUUUGAAACUCUUUCUAAACAUUUUAGGUUCA